UACUCGGUAGUUUAUUUUUCAAUUUUCAUACACCAUUAUUGUCAAUGUUUUAUACUAAUCAAGUGAUAAUAAAAAGCAGAAGUGUAAUUAUUAUAAUAUAAAUAGACUUCAAAUGUAAUUUUAUUUUAGUUUUUUUAAUUUACUUAAAACUUUAAGUAUUCGUCUAAGUUCAAAGUGACAACUGUUAGUAACCGCAAGUUUAGUGUGGCAAAAAACGUUGCUGUAUUAUUAUACAGCAAUUGUAAUCAUGCCGUACAGUAUUUUACAGUUGUAUACAAUCACUAUACGUUAAAGGUGUAAAAUAAAUUAAUUAAAAUAUCCAGUUCAAAACAAUCACAGGCCAGGUGCCUACGUUAUUUCGCCUUUUCAAAAAUUGUAUUUAAUCAAAAAUAGAAAAUACUACGUUACUGAAUUCUAUUAAAUCAAAAGAAUUGUUUUUAAAAGGUUGCUAAACUAUACCUAAACAAUGGCAUUCACCAAAACCAUUUUACUUACUAUUACGUUAUUUCUUGCUUCACAUGCUGCAUAUAAAUAUUAUCGAAGGAAACCGAAAAGGCGACUAAUCAACGAUGUUAUAAUGUUUUCGAACAAAAAUUCAAAAUUUAAAUCAAGCAAGCAGAACUUAAAUGAGAGUGUCGAAAAGCUACUCAGUUAUUUAAGCUCGAGCUGCCACAGUCUGGAUAUAUGCAUGUAUGUAUUAACAAAUUCAGAAAUUACAAACAUCAUCAUUAAACAGCACCUACGUGGUGUAAAGAUACGUGUUAUUCUAGAUGCCGAUAUGGCAUUCUCAUCCGGGUCUACUGUAAAGCGUUUAGAAAAACAUGGAAUACAUGUACGCUGGAUGAAAGCAACAGAAAUUAUGCAUAAUAAAUUUUGCAUUAUUGAUGGAGCUACUACAGAAGACUGUAUACCCUUUGUUAUGACAGGGUCAUUAAAUUGGACAAAUCAAGCUUUGUACAGGAAUUGGGAAAAUGUUCUUGUAACAUCUCAAAAACAUAUUGUUUAUUUAUACAAGGUUGAGUUUGAGAAAAUGUGGGAAGAAUUUAAACCUAUAGUCAAAAUAGGUAGAUAAUUUAUUAAAACUUUAUGUUUCUAGAUGUUUAAUCUAUGUUAAGUUGACUUUAUUGAUAUUUUAGGCAAAUAUUUAUUUCAAAGUGCAUUUAAGUUUAGCAUAUAUUGUUAAACUUAAAUGCACUGAUUAUAUUGUCUAAGAUAUAAAUAAGUCAAUCUUCAACGCAACUUCUUUCUUGACAAUCAAAGAACUAAAUAUUAAUCUAAAGUUUAUUUGGCUUGUUUGUUCUUUAUAUAAAGUAUUUAGUGGAUGAUGUAUUUGAGUAUCGGUGCUUCUUUUUACUUUUUACUCUAAGUUUUAUGUGAUACUUUGUAUGAGUUAACUGUCAUGGUAGUCUUAUAAUAAAUAUUAGUUUCUUAA